AUGAUACACAAUACAAGCAGCAGCAGCACCAGUGGCACAAGAGACAACAGAUGGACCCUUCACGGAAAAACAGCUCUUGUCACCGGCGGAACUCGCGGAAUAGGGCGAGCAGUUGUUGAGGAAUUGGUGGGUUUUGGAGCAAGAGUGCACACGUGUUGUAGGAACGGAAGCGAGCUCGAUAAGUGCUUAGAGGAUUGGGAUGAUUUGUGGUCUGGUGGGAUGAUUAGUGGGCCAGUCUGUGAUGUCUCAGUUGGAGCUUAUGGAGACUGUGUUAAUAAUGUUGGGACAAACAUUCGGAAACCGAUGGUAGAGUUUACACCAGAAGAGUUUUCUACUGUCCUAACAACCAAUUUUGAAUCUGCUUUUCAUAUUUCCCAACUUGCUUAUCCACUUUUGAAGGCAUCAGGAGAGGCAAGCGUUGUAUUCACAUCCUCUGUCUCUGGCUUUGUCUCACUGAAAUCAAUGUCUGUGCAUGGAGCGACUAAAGGAACAAUCAAUCAACUAACAAAGAAUUUGGCUUGUGAAUGGGCAAAAGACAACAUAAGAAGUAAUGCUGUUGCACCUUGGUACAUCAAAACCUCAAUGGUGGAACAAGUCCUCAGCAACAAAAGUUAUUUAGUAGAAGUAUAUGAUAGAACUCCACUUCGGCGCCUUGGAGAAGCUACAGAGGUUUCAGCUCUGGUGGCAUUCCUUUGCUUACCUGCAUCAUCUUACAUUACUGGUCAGAUUAUUUGCAUUGAUGGAGGGAUACAUGCUAUUGUAAUAGAAUUGGUAAGGCUAGGUGUGACAGUAUAUACACAGCCUGGAGCGAACCUCAGCUUAAAGAAUGCUUACUCGUGGGAGAAGAAGGGGUUUAAAGUCACAGGAUGGAAUAUGAAUGCCAUUUUGGGAACUAAGGAAAAUUUCACUUUAGAGUUCUGUAGCCUAAGCUACUCUCACUUUUCAAAAGCGCGGCCAAGAUGA